ACACCUACAGCUCAGUGAUUUAUAAAAUUCCUGUGUUUCUGAUACUCUUCAUGCUGGCUGCUCAGACAGCAGCCCGCCCCUGGAAGGUCACCUAAUCUCAGUAAGCCACAGGUGGCAGGAUAGACUGGCUGCCCCUUAUUUGCAUUGUUGUUCUCUUUAUUUUCAUAUCUUUGUUAUUUCUCUUCUUGCUUUAUCUUUGGUUGCUUCUCUCCACUCGUCCAGUGUGGUGGUAAGCUAAAUCUGAAAACGGAGGCCUGCUUACACUAUUUUUCACAAGUCUCUGCUACAGCAGGAUUGGAGCACCUGAGCAGAGUGAGUGAGAUAUAUAAAGUGAAGGAGGGAGAGACCACAGGGAACACAGGACUUCACAAUACCAAACUUUGAAAGGAGCUUUUUUUUUUUCCUUGCACAACGUAAGUGAACAGGAGAAAAGUGUUGUGUGUCCCACGGGAAGAGGGAAGAGAGAAGAGAAGUCCACUCUGCCUGAAUUCCUGGAUUUCUUUGAUACACUGAUAGAUCUGUUUUGGUCCUUAAACCAGGAUAAUGAGUGCAGAACUUGCAAAGGAAGACUACUAUGAUUAUCCAGAUUUGUAUGAUAAUGCAGUACCCACCAAGCCUCCUGCAGAAGUUAUCCCACCAUGUGACUCAAAAGCUGAUGAAAGUCUCUACCACAUAUGCAUCACAGCCAUAUCCUUGGUGGUCAUGCUGAUCCUGGUGGUGUUGGCAAGGCAGCAGAAAGUUGUAGGUAGUCUAAAAGGAGUUCCAGCCUUACUCAGCCCUGUGAAUUUUUUAGACCAUACACAGCACAAAGCCUUGUCUGUGGCUGUGUUUGGGGUCCUUUUCUGUAGGCUUGUUGGAGUGAUUCUAUCCCCAAACCCACUGCCCUUUACCAAGGACCCUCAAAACAAAGAGUAUUGGCUGAUCCUUGCUCUGUUCUACUACCCUGCUUUGUACUACCCCUUGCUGGCCUGUGGCACGCUCCACAUCACGGUCGGCUAUGUGCUGGGCAGCCUUUUGUCAUGGACACAUUUUGGCAUCCUCAUCUGGCAUAAAGUUGACUGCCCAAAAACACCACAGAUAUACAAGUACCAUUCCCUGUUGAGCAGCCUGCCAGAGAUUGCCUGUUUGGCAUUUCUCAGUUUCCAGUAUCCUCUUCUCCUGUUCAAGGGCUUUAAAGGAACAGAGAAAAGCGAUCCCUUUGAGGACCUAAAGAGCAGCUACUACACAGACUAUGUAAAGAACAUCCUCAAAAAGAAGAAACCAUCUCAAGCCAGUUCAAGCAGCUCUAAACCCAAGCUGACUGAAAGAAUCACUUACGCACUCAAGUCUUACAUAUACACGCCUAAAGAGGUUUUUAGGUUCCCUCUGAAGUUAGCCAUCUCUCUGGUUGUGGCAUCUAUUGCUCUUUAUCAGAUGGCCCUCUUGCUGGUCAUUGGAGUCGUGCCCACUCUCCAGAUUGUCCGAAAAGGAGUGAACGAAGACAUUGCAUUUCUCCUGGCUGGCUUUAACAUUAUUCUGUCAGAUGAUCGGAAAGAGGUGGUUAAGAUAGUAGCAUACUACAUGUGGUGUGUUGAGGUGUGCUAUGUCUCAGCAGUAACCCUGACCUGCUUGGUUAAUUUGGUCAUGUUUAUGAGGUCCAUGGUCCUGCACAGGUCCAAUCUGAGGGGGCUGUACCGAGGAGAUAUCUACAAUGUGUAUAACUGCCAGAGGAGCAUAAGGCCGUCACGUCCUGCCCUGGUGUGCUGGAUGGGCUACACCAGCUACCAAGCUGCAUUUAUUUGUCUGGGUAUGGUCAUCCAGACUCUGGUGUUCUUCAUUUGCUUUCUAUUCGCUGUCUUCCUCGUCAUCAUUCCCAUCUUAUAUGGAAAGAAUCUUGUGGUCUUCCACAUCAUUGGCAGAAUGUGGCCCUUCUGGUUGACGUUGUCAUUGACUGUGCUUAUCCAGCACCUUACAUCCAGAUUCUUCUUCAUUAAAAAGGAAGCUGGAACACAAGACCUAACUAACAGGGGGGGUCUGUUCCUUCUGACCUACCUGCUCUUUCCAGUCAAUGUACUGGUUGGUGCAUUGUUGGGAAUUUGGAGGUUGGUCAUCACAGCUCUUUUUAACAUUGUUCAUCUGGGCCGCAUGGACAUCAGCCUCCUCAACCGCAGUGUGGAAGCUUUUGACACAGGGUAUCGCUGCUAUGCUCAUUAUUUAAAGAUUGAGGUCAGUCAGUCCCACCCAGUCAUGAAGGCCUUCUGUGGGCUGCUGUUACGGUCUCCAAGCCAGGACAAAGGCACUGGAGAUGCAGCACGUAAUGCGGAGGAAGGAAUUCAACUGGUUUCACAGGACAAGAAACAGAACAAGGUGCCCGAUGCUAAGCAAGCACGUGGACACUGGCAUCUGCUCUACACACUAGUGAAUAAUCCAUCCUUGGUGGGGUCCAGGAAGCACUUUCAGCGACAGAGCUCAGAGAGUGUCCUGAACGGGACCCUCAAACGGAGCUCCAAAGAAGGCAGCAAAAAGGAGGGAGGCACCACAGCAGCCAGCAAAGAGGGAGAGAGACCUGCAUCUGAGGACUGAGACUGAUAACACAGACUAAGAGACAACACAUUCUCUCUCUGCCUUUAUUAAAUUAUAUUAGUUAUUGGACAGAUUAUAAUAAUAAUAGUACUGUUAGUGUCUGUGUAGAAAUGAACUUUGUCUUGAAUAAAUGCCCUUAUACCUUAUAGUGCCUCAGGAAGAAGUAUAGACUGUUUCCUUUUUUGACUGGAUGGAUUCACUCUUUCUUUUGUGAUUAAAUGUUUGUUUUUUUUCAUUUGGUGGUUUCUAGUGCAGGAUUAUCAGAAAAUUUACAUUGGCACUGAACUCCCACAUGAAUACUUGUGCACGGUUAUACUGGCUAUUUAUGUAUGAUGAUAUGUUAUGUAUUUCUUUCUGAGUGGUUUUUUUUUUCAUUUCCAUGCUAUGUUUCCUGUGCAUUCAUUACUGUCCUUGCCACCUUUGAGGAGAGAUUAAAGAUUAAUUUGUUUGAAAAUACUACCUUUUAAUACAAUUUUAAUACAUAUAGUAUAAUCUAUUUUUUUAGUUAAUAAGUUUACAGUCAUUUAGUUUAAGAAAAUGUCUCAUGUCAGUUUUGAAGAAAAAUAAUAAGCGGAUUUUGCUGUGAUUUAAACGAUUUUGUGAAAAUAAAUAAAUAUAUAACUAAAUAAAAGCAGUAAUAAAAGCAAUUCUGUGGCGGUGUCUGUGUUAAACAAAGGAAACCAUACCGCAUUGAGGCAUAGAAGAAUGCUGUAAAGAUGAAAAAAAUUCAUUCCCAAUGUAAUGUGUAAUUAUUCCUGAAAGACAUUGCUAUUUUAAAUAAAUAAACAAUAUUGAUAAACUCAAAUAUUCUAACAUUAUGAUUACAUUUCUGCUCUAACUUAAGGCACACGAAAUAUAACGCAGGCUUUACUUUGAGUUUUUUUUUUCCUUCUUGUUCUUUUUUUAAUUACAAACAAAUUGCGACUGUUUUUCUUUUUCUUUUUAAUUGAGCAGAUGUGAUGUGGAUAGAUCUGGUGCUAUGACAAUCACAGCAGCUGGCGCGUCGCGGAUCCGAGCCACAGUUUGCGCACUGCAACCUGCGACCACUUGGACUUCGUUUCUUUGUUCUUCCAAAGGUUUCUUAGCACCAAAACGACACUAAGAUCCCUCACAAAAUAUACAGCGAUUUAAUUAACGCUUAAAGAAACUGUGGCACGUCUAAGCCGCUCCAGAAAAUAGACUUUCGUGCGCAUUUUACGCGUGGAGAGAGAGGAGAACAGAGCGAAUGUCCGCGUUAUGUCCCGAAGAACACCUUUAAAUUCUUACUCUGAAUCUUUACGCAUAUUAAAAAAAAAUUCCUUUCGCAAGUUGUUUGGAUUUUUUUCUCCAUUCUUUGAUUUUUGUUAACAACAACCAUGAUGUGCGGUAAUAUUUUCUCUAUGUGAUCAUGUGUCAUAUUUAUUCUGUCAAAUAAAUUGUUUUCC